AUGUUUAAAGCGUUUGCGAAGGAGAUCACGGCCAGUUUAGCCUCAAGUGUCUGCCUCCGUAACAGCCUUCGCAGGAACACAAACAUAUUGAAUGGUUUCCACGCAACUUGUCCUGCUAACUGCCCGCUGCCGGCUAUUUCGGGCGGUGUCAGGUUCCACAACUACUCGAGUCGGAUGGCGGGUCGGAUGACGUGCGAGCCUAAUAUUAACAACACGAUUCAGUGCAACCACAUACAAACAGUAAGACUGAAUGCUUUGCGAGAGGUAGGACGUGCUGGCAACGAGCGCACCGCGGCGCCCGGGCAAGGCGACGGCGGUAUGAAGGUGGGCGCGGCGCGGUGCCGGCGCUGUAUUACUGUAAUAAUCGGAUUAGCGGCCAUCGGCUCAGCACUAAUGGUUAUUAAAAAACGCAGGCGGCCGCUCACGACACCGCAACACGAGCAAAACAUUGUUGACAUUCAGGCGAGCGAAAAAACUGGAGACAAAGCCUCGCACUGCCAUUAUCGCUCAGAGCUCAGAGCGAGCGGCGGCGGCGAGCGGCGAGCGGUGACCGGGCCGGGAGACGGACAGGCUGUUUGCAAACGAGCAGACGGAUCACCUGAUGAUGAGCAAUCAGUACCGCUAAUGGACGCUCGUGAUAUGAAAGGUGCUGCUUCAUGCCAGUAUUCUGUAAGGACCGAAGAUUUCUCCUCUUACACUUAA